UAGAACAUAGGAACAUCUUGGUUUUCAGCUCUAUGACUCAGGCAUGAUUGAAAUAGACAUAUUAGUAACCUAGACUGCAGUAACCCUAUCAGAGGAAGGAAUUGGACAUAUGGGAUUAAUGGCUUUCUCAAAAAAAGACUAAUGUACCAGCCUCUAGUCAGAGUCUCAAGGCUGAUUCAAAAUAUUUGAACAAACAAGCCAAAGAAAAAGAAUAUAUAAAACUAGCAACUCUAUUAUUUUUAUCUGUGUUACUCUUUUCAGCAAAUGUGCACCUCAUAAACCAAUUCAUCACUACACCUUGGCCUUAUGAAAUGUAUUUUGCUGUCAUCAUUCCUGUUAAACAGAGGAAGAAGCCAUGGAGCACUGACCUUGUAGUUUACCCAAGAUCACAAGGCAGAAACUGGCAAGAGACAGAGUCAUGGCAGGUAGCUGGGAGUCACAGGUUAAAGAAGAAGUCGGUGAUGUCACAAUUCUUAUUAAUAAUGCAGGUGUUGUGACAGGAAAGUCAUUCCUCAAUACUCCGGAUCACUUGGUGGAAAAAUCAUUUCUUGUCAAUGCCAUUUCUCACUUCUGGACUUGUAAGGCCUUCCUUCCUGCCAUGGUUAAAGCUAACCAUGGUCACCUGGUCUGUAUUUCAAGCAUAGCAGGACUCGUUGGUAUUAAUGGACUGUCAGAUUAUUCUUCAAGCAAAUUUGCAGCCUUUGGCUUUGCCGAGUCUCUCUUCCUUGAAUUAACUAUGAUAAUGAAAACUAAAGUUAAAAGUACCAUCGUUUGCCCCUAUUUCAUCAAAACUGGAAUGUUUGAAGGCUGUACAACCAAGUAUCCACUUCUCUUACCUCUCCUGGAGCAGGAGUAUGUGGCUCAAAAAAUUUUCAAUGCUAUUUUAGAGGAACAAGUUUACCUCAUCAUACCCAAGUUUGCAUAUGUUGCAUUGUUUCUCAAACAAAUAAUAUCUCCAAAAAUGAUGAUUGCCCUGGGCGAGUACCUUGGUGUGGACACAUGUAUGACUUCGUUCACAGGGAGAGUCAAAGCAGAGGAGCUGCAGAUGGAAACAAAAAGGAAAGAGCAAUAGCUCAGCCAUUGACCAUGAUAAUCACAUGUACAGAUGAGACAGUACACUGUUGGGAAUCCCUGUAAUGGUUGCAGCAUGCCAGCAUAACCUAGGGUCAUCCAGGCAUUGGGAAAUAUGCAGUUUUGCAGUUUGUCUUCUCAGGAGACAGUUUGCACAUGACUCUUUCUCUUUAUCUCUUCUCUCUCCUUGUUUUUUUUUCUCUCUCUCUCAAAAAGGGUCUCAAUAUACUGUCUAGACUGGCCUUUCAUAAUCCUGCCUCAGUCUUUAAGGGCUGGAUUUGAAUGCAUUUAUCACAUUUCUCAGGCAUACUGAUAUUGUUCUAAACAUUUAUAUUAUCUUUCCAGAUUUCCAAAUAAUUCUUAAGCUUGGUAAAUAAAAAAUGUUGCAAUCUUUUCAGAGAAUUCUAAAAAGACUAUAGGAUCCUAUAAUAGAUCCAAUGAUCUAUAGUGUCAUAUAGAUCCUAUAGUUAUAAAACAUUAAUGCAAAUUGGCCCAAAUCUCAUUUAAAAAUAAAUAUUUCCAAAAAAGAAGUAAUUAUAAGUAAUGAGCUUGCAAAUCAGUGCUGUGGACUGAUAACUCUUAGUUAAAAGUGUUUACUUCGCAAAAUGAAGGCUAAUUUGUGUUGCCUAUUAACUAACUCCUACUAGGUUUAGAUGACUAUAUGAAGACUGUUAGUGCAACUAAAACUAAACAUGCUUAUUGAAUUAAAGAAAUCUGUAACUUACCAGUUUUGUUUGCAUCCCAAUGUGUUGAAAAAUUCUUCACUCUUUUACUUCAUAAGGAAAAUAAGCAAUUUAGCCUUUCUAUACUCUGCGGGCUUGUAAAUAAAACUUGUUUUUAUAAUAACAUCAAG